GACUAAUAUUAACAAUGCUGUUGUUAUGUAAUGAAAUAAAACAUAAAAAAAUUUCGUUACGAUGGAUAGUUCUAAAAUCUUAUGUGAAUCUACUUCAUUCUUCGCACUCAAGAAAACUAUCGACCACAUUAAUUUAAUUACAAAGUAUUACUGUAAUGACAAAUCAGUUCAUUGGGACCAGGUAGUCAAAUCUGCAAAAGAAACGCAAGAGUUUAUUAACGCGGCUGUUAGUUCAUCUUUCCCUAACGAUAGCCUGCAUCACUACUCACUAUCAUUACCUCCGCAAACUCCAACUAACAUUCAAAUCAGUAACCAACAAUCGUUCAACUUAAAUAUUAUUCAGAACAAUCAGAAUAACUUUUAUCCGUUUUUUCCUCCGUAUGAGAAUGAUGUAGAAGAACCACACGAUCCGAAUUUUUAUGACCCACCUCUUGAUCAAGAUGAAUAUAAAGAAGAUAAAGGUUCCGAUUUUUAUGAUGAGGCUGAAGGCCCCAAUUAUUAUGAUGAACCUGAAGAUCCAAAUAUAUUUUCGCCAUGUAAAUGCCCUAAUAAUACCUUAGGGAAUUCUUCGAGAAGACCGUCAGACUCUUCUAAUGUAUCAACUGAAGAAGGGUCAAGUGACUUUGGAACUGAGUUGGACUCUGGUUUACCGGAAAUUGAAAGAGAAAAACAAAAAACAAUAAUAGUCGAUAUGGAGCCAGAGGAAAAUGACAAGUCCGCACUACCUCCACUCGAUGACCACUUGGCUAAAUAUAGGACUAACUAUAUGAAUAUUAUAAACUCUAAAUCACUUGAUGAAUUAUACAGACCAGAGGAACCGGAGGUUUUAAACAGUAAAUUUACGCAUCUCUUUAACAGCAACUUCCCAUUUAGCAAAGCAGUCCAUGACAUAAAUAAAAGAGUUUUCAAACAUAAUACGUUUAGAGGAGUUCAGUUGCCGGCAAUUAACGCUGUACUUCAAGGAAAUGAUUGUUUCGUAAUGAUGGCGACAGGUUUCGGUAAAAGCCACUGCUACCAACUCCCAGCGCUUCUACUUAAUGGCACAGUUGUUGUGUUCUCACCACUACUCUCUCUCGUCGAAGACCAAAUGAAGUCACUAAAAGCGAAAAACAUUAAUGCAGAAACUUUAAACUCUAAAACCACGAUAACUGAGUAUAGACGAAUUUCAAGGUAUUUUAUGGAUAAUGACAGCGAUUUCUCAAACGGAAGUAUUCUUUUUAUCACGCCCGAAAAGUUGGAUAAGUCUAAGAAGGUGCUGGACAUGCUGGAGAGGAUGUAUAGUAUGAACAGGCUAAAGUUAUUUGUAAUUGACGAGGCGCACUGUGUUUCACAGUGGGGACAUUCAUUUAGAAAGGAUUACAGGAAACUUUGCAACUUGAAGCCCAUCUUCCCUAAUGUUCCAAUACUCGCAAUGACUGCAACGGCAACGCCAGAAGUUGUUGAAGACAUAACAGCGGUUCUAGGAUUUGAAGAUCAUGUACUGCUCAAAACAACAAUUAACCGACCGAAUCUUUGGAUAGAAGUUAGGGAAAAGUAUACGGGAUAUCUCGAAGAAAUCAUCAAGAUUCUGAGACUGACAUCUGGUUGUGUCAUCAUUUACUGCUUAACAACUCGAGAUUGUGAUAGGUUAGGUGAGAAGCUUGAACAUAACGGAUUAUAUAACGCAGUUUACCAUGCUAAAAUGAAUAUGAAAGACAGACUUGAAUCGCAACGUCUAUGGAAUGAAGGCGAAGUAAGGAUUAUGGUAGCCACCGUUGCUUUUGGGAUGGGAAUUGACAAACCUAAUGUUCGUCUGAUAAUGCACACGUCAGCUCCUUUUUCAUUACUUUCAUAUUAUCAAGAGAUUGGUAGGGCAGGUCGUGACGGAAAGUUCUCCCUAACUAUACUUUGGUAUAACCGUGGCGAUUUCGAGAGGCACAAGAAUAUGAAUGACACUAACCACAACAACAAAAAAAGGUACUCCGUGUAUUCAGCUGAGAUGAUGGAAUUUUGUAAAAACAAGACUAAAUGCAGAAGAGUAAUGAUUCUCGAGGCAUUUGGUGAGGAGCCUACCUUCGGAUCAUGUUUUGGUUGUGAUAAUUGUUGUCUCAACUUAUCUGCAAAGAUCGUAGAUGUUACAGAAGAGGCUCAAUUGAUUUUAAAAUUCGUCCAGGCUGCAAUGGAAUUUCAAGCAAAGCCUUUCCUUACUGCUAUAAUGAUUUCUGACGCUAUGCGUGGUUCUAGGCGACAACUUCUUUCAAAAUAUAAACUGGUAGAUAAUCCAUAUCAUGGAACACUUAAUUUCCGUAACCAGAAAUAUAUUCUGGAAGUAAUAUUACUAAUGGUUAAACAACAAGCUUUAAAAGAAUGCAGAAGAAAGUCUAAAAGCUUCGGAAGAACUGUUUUAAUAGGUGGCCCAAACUCUUCAAAAUUACUAAGGGGCGACCUUAAGGUUGAGAUGACAUUCUACGGUGAUCCUUUGCCUAUUGUUGAAAUUGCUGAAACAGUUAAUACGAAAGCAAAUUUUAAAGUACCUAUAGAAUCAUUAAAUCAUAGUACGUCAAUCAAUUCUGAACCUAAACCUCCAAGUUCCGGAAGAAAAUCAAAAAGAACUUUAAAAAAGCCAACUACUUCUGUAGAAAAACCUAACACUUCCGGACUGAAAACUAUCAAAUCUGUAGCCAAACCAAUUAAUUCUGCAGCAAAUCCAACUACCUCUGGGAGAACAUUAAUAGAAACUAUACCAAAUCCGACAACUUCUGUACCAAAUUCAAUUAAUUCGGUACCAAAUUCAACCAAUUCGGUACAAAAUUCAAGUAAUAGUCCACCCCAAUUUUCAUCACCAGUCUCUUAUUCUGCAAUCCAGAUGAAUCCCUUAUCAAAUUGGAAUGUUUCAUCUCCUAGUGUUAUCAACGUUGAUGAGAACGUGAGUAACUUUUCAAGGUCUCAGGUAACUGAGGUGAUUGACGACUGUUUUAUUCAGGAUAACAUUCAAGUUGGGAAUGUUAUUGAUCUUACUUUAGAUAAUAACAAACCUCCUGACAUGUUCUAUUUACCUAAUGACUAUACACAUGAACAUGGAGGCGAGCCAAUUAUCAAUUUAUGUGAUGAAAAUAUUAUUAAUGGGAUGACCCAGAUUACACAAUCGGAUAUUAUAACUGUUGAGACCAACAAUAUUAGGAGGAAGAUCCCGGAUGUGAUAAUGGAUCCUAGUUAAUCAUAACCUUCGCCCUUGAUGGAGGAAAUACUGUAGCAAGCACAUAACCCUUAAUUAACCCAAGUGGAAUCUGUAAUAUAUUUAAUAUAAAAUUUAAAAAGAUGUAAUAAUAAUGGGUGA